AUGGCCUCUUCCAAGGACACAACAAUGGAUGAUCUUCAACUCACACCAAAUGGUUCUAGACCAAAGAGAAGAACAGCUAAAGUGGACUACACUGAAAAGAAAGAUUAUGAAUUCGAUCUACCCACUGGUUCCGAUUCUUCUCUUAAAGACCAAAGAGAAACUUCAACAGAAAUUCCUGAUUCUAGUGGAUCUAAUGGUUCAGGGAAACAACAAGGACAAAAGAGAAAAUAUGUGCGUAAGAAUCAACAGGGAACUUCAAGUGCUGGUUCAGGUACCACUACAAGAGCUGAUACUCCUAUACAAAACGGUGAUGAAAUAAAUGAUGGUGGAUUCCCAAUGAAUUAUCAACCUAAAAUUAAAGAUCCUUUCUUUUCUCAUAUUUUGGAUUUACAAGGUGCUGUUGUUAAAGAUGGUAUUGAAUUACAAUUAUCAAAUGGUUUUAAAUUGUUUAAAGAUGAUAAUAUUUAUUUGAUUUGUGAGCCUCCUGGUGAACCUUAUUAUGUUGGUCGUAUUAUGGGAUUUGUUAAAAAUAAACAAAAUCAGAUACAGAGUCAGGAGGAAAUCAAAGGGGAAAAUGAUGAUAAUGAAUUGAAAGUCAAGACACGAAAGAAAUAUUCAGUGAUUGAACCUGCUGAAGGUUAUAAAUUUAAAAUUAAUUGGUAUUAUAGAGCAAGAGAUAUUUCAAAACAUUCAACUGAUUCAAGAUUACUAUACGCAUCAAUGCAUUCAGAUACUUGUCCGCUACAAUCUUUCAGAGGGAAAUGUGUUGUUCAACAUAAAGAUGAAAUUGAAGAUUUUGAACAUUUCAAAACAAUACCAAAUCAAUUUUGGUUUGAUAAAUUAUUUGAUAGAUAUAUGAUUAGAUUCUAUGAUGUAUUACCUACAAAAAAUCUUACAAGUUUACCUAAAAAUUAUCAUACUGCACUAAUGAAAAGAUUUGGUUAUAUAUUUGUGGAACAAGGUAAAAGUAAAGAUAUGUUACAAUCACCAAAAAGUUGUGCCAAAUGUAAUCAAUGGUGUAAUCAUAGUGAUUCAAUUCAAUGUUGUGAAUGUAAUGAAAUGUAUCAUAUGCUUUGUUUGGAUCCUCCUUUAUAUAAAAAACCUGCUAGAGGUUUUGCUUGGUCUUGUAUCAAUUGUACCAAAAAAUUAGAAGGUCAAAAAUUAUUACCAAAUACUGAGAUAAGUAAAGAAGAUGACAAUGUUAAGAAUUCCAACAAUCAAUCAAAUAAUUCAAUAGAGAAAAAAUUACCAUCAUAUGAAGAAGCUGCUAUAGUUUUUUUAAGAAAUGAUUCUGAUUUAAAUCAACAAGAAAGAAGAAAUCAAGAAGAAUGGAGUUAUAGAUACUUGGGUAUGCAUGCUAAAUUAGAAGAUGCCUUAGACUUACAAGAUCGUCCUUAUCCAAGAGCCGCUUCAAGAUUAGGUCCUAAGAAUCAAUUAACUGGGAUUCAUGACUGGUACGAUCAUAUUGUGGAAUAUUAUGAUAAUUCUCAAUUAGAUGAACAAUAUCAAAAAAAUAAUGUAUCAUCUUCAUCUUCAUCUUCAAAAAAGAAAAAAAUCGAUGGUAGAAGAAAACAAGGUAAAAUUUCAUCUGAAGAACCUGAAGAGGAUUUAAAACCUUUAAAAGUACCUAAAGAAUAUGAAAAUAUGGAUCCUUCUGAUUUCCCUCCAUGGUUACAAGAAAGACCAAAAGGUUAUAUUGAAAGAGGUGGUGAAGAUACUGUAACUUUACAAUGGAAAAUGCCAGAACAUCUUAAUGAUGUUGAUGAUAAUGAAAUUAAUGAUAAGAUUGAUGAAUAUAUUAAGAAAGCUGCACCAAUUGCUGAAGCAUUAGAUUUAUUACCAAAUACACCAAAUUUCAUGGAUAAAAUUCUUAAAAAUUUAUUAGAUUCAAAUUAUGAUUUUACAAAAGCUGAAACUUUAAAUAAAUUAAUAACAAGAUCAAAUUUAAAAGAACCAACAUUUACAAAUGAAGAAAUUAAAAAAUUUGAAGAUGGUGUUAAAGAAUUUGGUAGUGAAUUAUAUCCAGUUGCUCAAUUAGUUAAAACUCAACCAGUUUCAAUGAUUGUUAGAUUUUAUUAUCUUUGGAAAAAAACUAAAAAUGGUCAUUUAAUUUGGGAUAAUUAUGAAGGUCGUAAAAAGACAAAAGCUAAGAAAAAUUUAAAUGAAGAAGAAAAUGAAAAUCAAGACUUAGGUCAUUCAGCUGAUGAUUCAUCUUAUGAUGUUAAUAAAUCUUCUAAAAGGGAAUUUCAAUGUAAACAUUGUAAAACUAAUGAAUCAAUGAUUUGGUUUAGAUCUCCAGGUGCAGCUACACAAAUUCUUACAGAAGAAGGUGAAAUAAUUGCAUUAUGUAUAAGAUGUGCAAGAUUAUGGAGAAGAUACGCAGUUAUUUGGGAAGAACCAAAUGAAGUUUUAAGGAAAACAGGUCAAAAAGGUGGUUAUGGUUGGAAAAAAAAAUUAGAAAGUGAAUUAAUGGAUGAUUGUAAUUUAAUUUUAAAAGCAAAAGCUGAGUACGUUUCUAAUAAUGGUGAUGUUUCAAGGAAAAGAAAACAACCUUCAGUGGAACCAGUUAAUGCUAGUGAUACUAGUACUAAUACUACUAAUAAUCAUACACCUAUUAAUGAACCUGUUAAAAAAGCUAAAGUGGAAAAUACUAAUACUACUGCUACUGCUAAAUCUAUUAGUCCUUCACCUGAGAAAAAAUCAAAUAUUAAAGAGAAAAGACAAUAUAAUAAAAAACAAUCAGAACAAGCUAAAGAUGAAAAACCAGAAAUUUUAGUUUCUACGAUUGUGGCAGAGAAUCCACAUGUUAAUUUACAACAAUUAAUAACUGAACGUUAUUAUCAUUUAACUUCAAAUAUUUAUAAUUCAAGAUUAAAAUUUCAUGAAUUCCCAAAUCAAAGAUCUCCAUUAAUUGCUCAAUCUUCAUCAAAAUUAAUUAAACCAAUAACAAAUAAUAAAAAAUGUGCAGUUUGUCUUGAAGAUAGUGAACCUUCAACAUCAUUAUUUUGUUAUGGAUGUGGAAUUAAUUUACAUCCCCAAUGUUAUGGUAUUGAUUCAGAUGAUGUUAAAAAUCCAUUUGGUAGUUAUAAAUGGUAUUGUGAUCCAUGUUCAAAUUCUUUAAAUCCAUUAAUUUCAACAAAUUAUAAAUGUUGUCUUUGUGGAAUUUAUCAUAAUGAUGAAAUUAUUAAAGCUGGUUUGAAAAGAACAAAUGAUGGUAAAUGGGUUCAUAUGUUGUGUGCAUUAAUGAAUCCUCAUGUUAAAAUAUUGGAUACUGGUAUGUUACAACCUAUUUUUGGUAUUCAAAAGGCAAUUGCACAUAAAUAUAAAGAAGGUAAAAAUUCAAAAUGUUGUGAAAUUUGUAACAUUCCAGUUACUUUAAAAGAAGCACAACAACCAAAUAAUAAGACACAUAUUGGAUUUAAAAUUAUUACAGAGAAUAAACCUGAUAGUAAAUGUAUUAAAAUUGGUAAUAUAUUUGGGAAAUUAACACCAAUUGUUAUUUGUGAAAGACAUGAAAUUACAUCAUUAAAUUUUGAUUUUAUUUCAUUUACAACUGAAGUUAAACGUUAUAAACAAUCAAAUGUUGGUACAGCUUUACAAGUUUAUAUUGAGGAUAUUAAAAAACCAAAUCUUAAUGGAUUAACAGGGGUUCAAGGUAGAUUUGCUGAAUUUCAAGAUUCAUUAAAAAUUUUACAAGAUUCACAAAUUAAAAUUGAAGAAAAUGAAGAUGAAUUAAAUGAAGAUUCAAAUAAUUCUAAAAAUUGUGAAUCAUGUGGUACCAAUAAAACAUUAAAAUGGAUAAAGACAAAGAAUGGUAAAAAAUGUUAUAAUUGUGAUGUUAAAGAUCAAAAUGAUCAAGAUGUUGAAAUGAAAGAUGUGAAUGAUGAUGAUACUAUUGAUUCAAGAGAUAAUGAUGAAAAUGUUUAUGAAAAAAUUGUUGAAAUUUCAAAUGGUGAAUUAUAUGGACAAAAUUAUGGAAUUAUUGAUUAUAAUGAUCAUGUUGAUAAACCUGCGGGUGCAGAUGAACCAGAAUUUUAUGAAUUUCAAGCAACACCUCAACAUCAACAACAACCACAACAAUUACCAUUUAAAAAUGGGAAAGUUUCAGAAUAUAGAUAUUAUCCACCACCUCCAUCAAAAGAAGAAGAAUUAUUACCAAGUAUGAUGAAAUUAUCUAAAAAUAAUAAUGAUUCAUCAUCAUCAAAUUAUUCAUCUAUAGAUCAAGUUCAAACUUUAAAUACCCCACCACCAGUUCUUAGAUCUCAAUUAGAACCAAAUAGUGGGUUGGCAACUCCAACACCAAGUAAGAUUAUAAGAAAUGAAAUUUCAGAUAAUUCAAUAUUAAAACAUCCAUCAGUUUUAGCAUCGAAUGUUGUUACUAAGAGUGAUGAAAUUAAUAAACAUUCAAUUAAAUCAAUAAUGAAUAAUGAAGAACCAAUAAAGAUUGAUAAUGUUGAAAAAGAAGUAAAAGAGGAAGCUAAAGAGGAGGUUAAGGAAGAAGUUAAAGAGGGAGCUAAAGAAGAUGUUGAACAAGUGGGAAAUGAACAAGAAAAAAAGGAAACUGAAAAACAGAAGGAAAAGGAAGAACAUGUUGAAACUAAAAAGAUGUCAAUCAAUAAUAUUCUUGGAUAA